AUGCUGUACCCCGUGAACCAGCCAAAGGAUAAAGCACGAACUGUAACAUGGCAGGAUAUCUCUGAAUGGCAGUUCGACAACAAGUAUAUCCUCAGUGGCUAUCGACCAGCGAAAGCAGACUAUAUGGACAUAUUUAACAGCCUGACCUCUUUGCACAAUGAGUCUUGCAAUGUGUAUACUCAUCUGAUCGGGGCGCUGCUCCUACCACUCGCCGAAACUACCUUGAUGCAGUAUCUAGGAGAGCCUCAGUUUCUAAAUGUCUCGUCCAUGGACUACGCUGUGUUUGGAAUCUACUUCUGGUGCGCAGAGAUCUGUUUGGUCCUUAGUGCUUUUUACCACCUGGUGCAAUCCCACUCGCAUCGAGUAGAACAGUUCUGGCCAUGGAAUGGACUUGUUCCGAAUUCCCGAGCGUUUGGCACCGAAUAA